CACACACACCACUCGCGCCACACACACGCACUCGCACCAGUCCAGGCGACACAUGCGGGUGCGCCACCAGCCGCGAAGGAGCUACCAUGCGUGCUCUGUCCUCGGUGCGCCGCCGGUGCGGAGUAACAAGGUCACCGUUGGCCUCACGCCCGCCGAGCUCAUGUCGCCCACUGCCGACGACUCGGACUUGGUUGUCGAGCUCAAGUCGCUCCACACCAUGCUCAACUCGCCAGAGGCCCACCGGGAGUGGGGAGAGUUUGAGACCGAUGUGGCCAUCACUGAUCAAGACAUGGCUCCGUUUCCGGUCCUCGACAUGCGAUCUGGCGGGGUGCUCGACGAGGCAUGGACCGCCGAGUUUGCACCGUCGUCGGACGUGCUGCUGCGGACGGCGUCGCGGACGGCGUCGCGAAAGGGCACUGCGCCGCACUCGCUGGCGGCUGCGCUGGCAGCUUUUGAAAACGCUCGCAGCGCGUCGCGCAUCUCCAUGGCCAACGCCCGGCGCGCGCGGUCGCAGGCGCAGCGCCUGGCCCGCACCCGCACGCCGUUUGCGAGGGCGGCAACGCUGUCGCGCAUUGAGGAAGGUGCGCGACGUCGCGCCGCAGCAGCGUCACGCACACGUGAGGCCGCCGAGGACGCCGAGCUCGCGCGGGUGGCUCGAGUCGGCAAGUUUUAUCAGCCCCCGUUGGCUAGCGCCGAGCCGCCGCGGCUCGCGCUGGCCAAAGCCUUGCUUGCCGACGCGGCGAAUCCGUUCGAGGGCGCUCCGGAUACGGCUGCCGCACAGGUGGCGGCAGAGCGACAACUUGCACGAUUUCAGGGCCCGCUGGCACGGCUCCACUCGCGGCGGCUGCGUGAGGCGCGGCCGCGCGGCAAGCGGCAUGUGGGCAGCAACAGCAUGACCUCGUCAUCGGUCGGGUACAACAUCCUUGGCGGCGACUAGUGGCGCAACCGGGUCGACUCGCCACGUGUGCAGAUAAUCACCCUUAGUGAGCAACUCGAUGAUGCUUGACUUCCAGGUCACCGGUCGACGCUGCGCGACGCCUGCUUGGUCUGCGGCUUGAGG